GUUGUAGAAUAUAGAGGCAAGGCGGGGCGUAAAAGUUUUGGUUAGCGUCCUCUCCUCUCCAUGUGCUAACUUCAUGAUUUGAGCGUGACUUGUGACAGCUGUGCGAACCUCCUUGACAGCAACAUGUCUUGGGAACGAACAAAACAAACGUAGCCUUUGUUACAGUCCAAAAUCGGUUUACGGUAUUUAAAGCAAAAAGUAGCUACGCAUAGCGGAGGGGGCGAGGGAAGACCAUAUCUGAACACACUUUACUGGCACGCGUUUCCACAGCACUCGCAGCAUGGCAGAGAAGCCUCCGCUGCCCACCGACGACGCGGAGGAGAGCCACUGGUUGGACGAGGGCCAGGUGGAGACCCAGUUUGGGCCGGGGCAGGUGGCUGGUGGUGGGGCUGAGGGGCAGGACCGUCCAGCCUGGGACUCCAAGCUGCAGUACGUCCUGGCCCAGGUGGGCUUCAGCGUAGGCCUGGGGAACGUCUGGAGGUUCCCUUACCUGUGUCACCAGAAUGGAGGAGGGGCGUUCAUGGUGCUGUACGUGAUUCUGCUGGUGGUGAUUGGCGUUCCCCUCUUCUUCAUGGAGCUUGCGGCGGGCCAGUGCAUCCGGCAGGGCAGCAUCGGUGUGUGGAAGCACAUCUCCCCCAAGCUGGCGGGCAUCGGAUACUCCAGCUGCUUGGUGUGUUUCUACGUGGCGCUCUACUACAAUGUCAUCAUUGCAUGGAGCCUCUUCUACAUGGGAAACUCUUUCCAGUACCCCCUGCCGUGGGAACAGUGUCCCAUCGACACUGCUACCAACAACACAGUUAAGGAAUGUGAGGGCAGCUCCCCUACGUCCUAUUUCUGGUUCCGAAAGGCCCUUGACAUCACCAACUCCAUAGACGAAUCAGCGGGGUUCAACCCCAUCAUGACAGGCUGCCUAUUGGCUGCUUGGGCCAUCGUUGCCCUUGGGAUGAUCAAAGGAAUCAAGUCCUCGGCCAGGGUGAUGUACUUUUCGUCCAUCUUCCCGUAUGUGGUGCUCAUCAUCUUCCUCGUGCGAGGUUUGAUGCUGGAUGGGGCGAUGGAGGGCAUCGCGUACAUGUUCUACCCAAAAGUGGAGACCUGGGGGGAGGUGCAGGUGUGGCGGCAGGCGGCCACGCAGGUGUUCUUCGCGCUGGGCCUGGGCUACGGCUCCGUCAUUGCCUACUCCUCCUACAACCCCGUCGACAACAACUGCCACCGGGACGCGCUCAUGGUGUCCGGCAUCAACUUCAUGACGUCCGUGCUGGCCUCGCUGGUUGUCUUUGUGGUGCUCGGCUUCCGCGCCAAGAACAUCACGCUGCGUUGCGUGGCGGAUAACCUGGGCCUCCUGGGUGAGGAGGCAUCCCAUUGGUCGGAGCAGCCGUGGUGGCCCCAGUUCAACUUGAGCGACCCGAGCUCCGUGUCCAUCGGGGAAUACCAAGAGUGGUUCUCGCACUACGGCUCCCUGGCGGGUCCAAACAUCACCGAUUGCGAUCUGGACAAGGAGAUGAAUAAGGGUGUGGAGGGGACAGGGCUGGCAUUCAUAGCCUUCACCGAGGCCAUGGCUCUGUUCCCCGCCAGCCCCUUCUGGUCCACGCUGUUCUUCCUCAUGCUGCUCAACCUGGGCCUCAGCACCAUGUUUGGCACCAUGCAGGGCAUCCUCACCCCCCUCAUGGACAACUUCAGCCUGCUGGGGCGACACCGCACUGUUCUCACCGUCUCUAGCUGUGCUUUGGGCUUCCUGAUUGGCUUGCUGUUCACUCAGCGUUCAGGGAACUACUUUGUGACGAUGUUCGAUGAUUACUCCGCCACCUUGCCGCUUAUCAUCGUGGUGGUGUUUGAGACGUACAGCGUAUCCUGGGUUUACGGAGCAGACCGUUUCUUGGAUGACAUUGAAGUAAUGCUGAAAUGGCGCCCCCCGGUGGUGUACAAGUACCUGUGGAAGUACGUCUGUCUGCUGGCCAUGGUGGGACUGCUGGUGGCCAGUAUUCUGCGCAUGUUCUUCAAAUGGCCCACGUACACCGCCUGGAAUGAGAACACGGCUUCGGAGGACAGCCUCAAGUACCCGGGCUGGGCGCUGGCCAUGAUCACCGUGCUCAUAAUCAUCCCCACCCUGCCCGUACCCAUCGGCUACGUUUACUCCACUCUGCGUAGCCGCGGCGCUUCCCGCCUCCGGCCCCAAGACGCGGCGGUUGCCGGCUGCGUGGCCAUAGUCGGCCAGGAUGUGCACCGUGAGAUGUACACCAAGUGCAGCUCCAUGGAGCGUCUGGACGCUGCGUUGGAGGAGGAGGAGGAGGAGGAUGAGAAGCAGAGGGGCGUAGCAGCUUGCUCUAGGGUGGGGUUCUUGUCUGGCCGUAGUGAGGAGCACUACCAACUCCUCCCCCAGCGGGCAGAGCUGGAGCUGGAGGAGGAGCAGGAGGAGGACACGGUGGUGUGACUGGUUCAGGAAACAGGAAGUAGUUGCUGAGUGUUGACAGGAAGACUGAAUUUCAUCCAAAUGGAUGGCCGUGGAUGGUUAUCUGUAACUCCUCACAUGAGAGAGACUAGCUGUAUUAUUUGUUGUCAUUUUUGUUUUAGCAGUACUUUGAACGUUUGAAACACCUCAGCACUGGAGGUUCAGGUUGGGAGGAGUAGCUAAGUGGGUUUAGGUCUAGCCAGCCUUUUGCAGACGGGCCAAAUGCUCAUGCCGUCCUCUACUUCACUCUCAACGGCUAGCACAGGGGAGGGACCUUUAUCUACUGCCUCAUCUCUGGAAUUCAAUGCAAUUAUUGACACAUCGUAAGUGUUCACAUUUUCAUGAAUGUAGGGCUGCACUCCCAAGUGGCUGAUAUGGCCUGAUGUUUGCACACCUGUCCCACCUCAGCAGCAGGUGCAGUGGGGAACCAGUUGGACCAGUUGAAGUGGUCCACAAUCUCCACUCAGCAUUGGAACAAUCAAGUGCUUUUAGAUCAUUUACCAAGAGAUUAUUUUAGCAAAAUGUAAGUCCUGUCUAUGUGCUUAUUUCUGUCAGGGGUCAUUUGAGAAUGUAAGCUGCAUAUUGGGGAUAAAGAGUGGAAGAGAUGUAACAAAGUCAUUGUGAUUAUUAUAGUUAGAUUAAGUUGGAUGAAAAGCUAUGAGGCUACAUAUGUGGCAAAUAUCUGAUAGUCUGCAGAGAGACUGUACACGAAACACUGUCAAGAUGCUGUACAACACAAUGAUUGUGAAUAUCAUACAAUAAUCCAAAGAUUAUUGACUGUUUUCUACAUUAGAAAGUUUACUUAGCCGGCUUCAACUUCUGGAGCCGCUCUUAGACAGUUUUUUCCAUCUGUAACAAUCCUUUUUUUAUUUUUAAGUCGAUUGUAUAUAGUUUGGAUGUGAUGGGGUGAUCUUGAAACUGAAAUCCCUUUUGUUGGCGACCGAAUUGUCCUCAUUAUAACAUCAUUUUAUCAAAUAAUAGAGUGGAAGCCCAAUUUUAACAAUAUAUGUAUAAUCCUGAUGGAACUACCAAACUUUCACCCAGUCCAUGUAAUAAACAUCCAUGGUGAAAAUGUCUCUUUAUAUAAGUUAACUGCUGAAUCAGAAACUUGAAUAAUAAGAGCGUAACAAAUGUUUCUGGGGAAAUGGAGCUCGGCGGGCAAGAUGUGCUGAAGUAGACCCAUUACUUUUACUGCCUAUGAAUAUGAUAAUGUAGAAUAACUACCCACAAGACAUGACUAUGUCUUUACCCUCAUGGCCUUCAAGCCAGCUUCCUGAUGUAUUGAUCUGAUUGUAGAUUAGACUAUCUUUCAUAUUAACACUUGUGUUUUUCUUCUACGAUAUUUCUAUAGAUGGGUUGGGACCGUUUUAUUUCUGGGUUCAAAGUUUAAAACCAUGUGCAUUUUAGAUGUAGGCUACUCUAUUUCUUGAGCUCGUAUAGAGAAAUGACAAGGAUGCAUUGGUUACUAACCCUACUAAACCGACCCUCUAGAUGGCAACGCACGACUUGGACAGACGACUAGAGAAAAUCCAUACGAUUAUCCCACUACCGCUUUCCCCCUACUCUCAUUGGAGAGCGUGGAGAAAGAGAAAACAUGACCUCUCUGAUAAGGGGUCGUUCACUAAACGGAACUUCGACAUGCCUCUUGUAUUUAUCAAUAAAAUGACAAAAAACAAUGUAAA